CAGCCCCUGAAUUUGCUUAAAGCUUCCAAACUUUGUGAAGAAAUGGCCGCGGUCGAAGUGCACCGUUUUGCUGAGUGCAUCACUUGCCAUGCUUGGAGCCCUGAUCGCUCAAUGCUGGCGUUUUGUCCAAAUAACAAUGAAGUUCACAUCUAUACUCUGAUGCAAUCCAAAUGGGAAAAGCUGCAUGUUCUUCAGAAGCAUGACCAAAUUAUUUCGGGGAUAGACUGGAGUUCAAGGUCAAAUAAAAUAGUUACUUCAUCUCACGAUCGGAAUUCUUAUGUCUGGAAUCUAGAAGGAUCAGAGUGGGUACCAACACUUGUUAUCCUUCGGCUAAAUCGUGCUGCACUGUGUGUUCAGUGGAGUCCAAAAGAAAACAAGUUUGCUGUCGGAAGCGGGGCAAAAACUGUUUGCAUAUGCUACUAUGAGCAAGAGAAUAACUGGUGGGUCAGUAAACUUAUCAGAAAAAGACAUGACUCUUCUGUUACAAGUGUUGCUUGGCAUCCCAAUAAUAUUCUUCUUGCAACAACAUCUACAGAUGGAAAAUGCAGAAUAUUUUCCACUUAUAUUAAGGUCGUCGAUGCAAAGGAAUCAAAAACAGGUUCAUCUUCAGAUUCAAAGUUUGGGGAGCUAAUACUUCAGCUUGAUCUAUCGUCUUGUUGGGCAUUUGGUGUGAGGUGGUCACCAAGUGGCAACACCUUAGCAUAUGUAGGCCAUAACUCUAUGAUUUACUUCGUCGAUGAGGUGGGACCUUCUCCUUUGGCUCAAAAUGUUGCAUUCCGUGAUUUGCCUCUCCGUGAUGUCUUAUUUCUGUCUGAGAGACUAGUCAUUGGCGUGGGAUUCGAUUGCAACCCCAUGGUUUUUGCAGCAGAUGAAAGAGGAAUAUGGAGCUUUAUCAGAUUUCUUGGGGAAAGAAAGAUUACAUCUUCAGCUCCAAAAUAUGGUUCACAGCUUUCUGGAGCAUUUCGGACGCUAUAUGGCCAACCAAAACAUGGAUUAAACAAUGAUACAAAUGACCAUUCAAGACCACAAGGAACUGUCCAUGAGAACUGCAUCAAUUGUAUUGUGCCGCUUGGAACUUCAGGGAGUUCUAAAGUAAUGCGCUUCAGUACAUCAGGAUUGGACGGAAAAGUUGCUGUCUGGGAUUUGGAGAAUCAAGCAGACUUAUCAGAGUAUCUUUAGACCUUCAACAUAAACAUGAAGUAUAUCUUAGGUAAUGUUGGUGUCAUUGGAAAUGUUUGUAUAUUUGUACCGAGCAAUUGGUAAUAAUUCUAAAGAAGCCUAGGAGAAAAGCAACAGAUCUUGGUGAUUUUAUUUUUGAAUACCUUUGUGUAUCACUACAUGUAUUGCAUUGUAUUGUAUUGUAUUGUAUUGUAUUGUGAUGUCUUCUGUACUCACUAAUAGAAAAAGUGAUGUUUGUGAGUCAGUCUCAUCAUCAUU